AUGCAGCAAAUGGUAUGGCGGGCUUUGGUACUGCUAGUCCCGUGCCUCGCGAUGAAGAUGCACGUUCUCGACCCUUCCGGGAAUCGAAGCUUGUCAGAGUCCCACACAGAGUUCGGCGAAACAGCGUUGGCCAAAUUGGAGCACAACGACAACAGCGCAGCUACGGUCGCCCAAAGGCGCAACUAUCGGCGUUCAAAGCUGGUGCCAGACCUGAAGGAAAAAAAGGACUACUCAAAGCAAGCCACGGCCUAUUGUGCCACUUUCGACCUGAUCACACUUCUCAUGUCGUCUCUUCACACCCAUGACAGCGAGGGCUCCGUGGACACAAAAGAACUGGGUAUUUCCUUGGGCAAGAUUGCCAUUACAUAUGGCGCCCAUUUUGCCGGCUUGAUGGUUGCAGGAGGGAAGUAUGCUCCCUUCUUUGGGCCAACAGCAAUGUUGGCCUGCGGCUUGAUUGACAUGUUCUUGCCACAGCCCCCGCCGCCGCCGAGCGCAGAGCAGCUGAUCGCGGAGGCGAAGAAGGAGAUCAUGGCAGAGACCAGAUCUUUGAUUAGGGCAAGCGUGCUUGAGCAGAGCUUGAGGGAGGUCCAUAUCGAGAUCAGCAAUUUUGUUUCUGGAACUGUGGUGUCCUCUGCAAUGGAUUCUAUGGAGCCCGAUGCUGCCUUGGCAUACGCGUUGGCCUUGGAGAAUGACGUGGGGGGCUUGGCCGAGAGGUUGCUGCUUCCUUGCACGUCUCUGUCUUGGGGCAGCUCGAGCUGCCAAAAUCGGGUCCAUGCUGGAGCAGCAACCCUGCUGUCAUCCAUCACAACUGUGCACUUCUCCAUCUUUGAAGGGAUCUUUCAGGCGCUGAACGAGAAGCUGCAAAAGGUGAAGGACUACGUCGCGGCCAGCACUACCUCCAGCACUCGGACGGGCGCCAGCGCAUCCGUGGUGCAUGAUGUGGACCAGGUGCUCACCGACACCUUCCAGAGGGUAGGCUGCCCGAACUCGAACCCCCCGAGCGCUCUGGCGACCUUCAAGACCCUGCGGUAUGAGUCGAGGAUCCUCGACAAGAUGAAAGACAUGUGCAAGAGUGCCGCGGGCAGUCAGGACGCCCAGGAGUGCUGCGGGGACGGCGAGGGGCAAUGCACGCGCAGCUGCAAGGAUGUGGAUUACUUGCAUUUCGCCCUCUACGACAACAUCCGGCUGAAGCGCAGGAACAUCGUUACCAAGUUGGCCCCUCUCUUCUUCCCAGCCAGGGACAUGUUCAUGGCGCAGCGCUUGAGGAUGGUGACUUGCGGGGGGAAUGAAUGCGUGGAUGGCCUGGAUCAGAGCAGCAGAGACCGAGCACAGGGCAAUAUCUACAAGAGAGAGUUGUGGGAGCAAGGUUUGGAGAUGUUCGAGAUUGGGACGACAGUGCUGGGUGAAAAGGAAUUUUGGGCCGCAGAUUGCUCCAGCAAAUGGCAAAAGGCCACUUUUGCCCUCACCAGGUCCAAGGGCCAUGCCCGCAUCUUCGCCUUGGUCAAGAACGAAGUCCCGUACUUAAGAUAUCUUGGAUAUGCCCGCCGGCGGUGGCAACGGAGUUCCCUCUACCAACCCAGCUCGGCCAGCGAAAGGAGACGGAUGCAUCACAGAAAUUUCGGCGGGGAUGUGGCCCCAGUGAUGUGGGACUUGUCGCUGACGAAUCUCAAGAGUGAGGGGCUGUACCUUUACUUUCAGACCCCGACGAAGCCCGACUUGAAAGCGUUCAGCCUCAUGGCCCAGGCUGAGAAGUUCGAGCCCCUCUUGGAGUGGAAUGCGAAGGAGUUCGCGUUUGGGAGCAAAUGCGCGAAAAAGGCGAACAACUACUAUUACAGGUGCCCAAACAUCAAGGACGAAAGCAAGUCGCUGAUCAGCAUCGGAAGCUCGUCGGCCUCGGGGGAGCGCCCUCUGCACUUCAGCCGCUGGGAUGUCCAGUUCUACAUGCGCCUGCACAAGAAAGAAGGCACCGCCUGCAGCAUCGCAUUCGUUACAGAAGACGGCAAGAAGUCGCAUUUCUUGCUCGAUGCCGGCGGCAACAAGCUGCACCAGGAAGGAAAGCUCUUCGAGAAGAAGACCCUUGAUGCCAGCCCCUACCAGAUUCAAACGUGGCAUAGCUACAGAGUGAGCAGGCGCGAGAGGAAGCUCUGGGUUUUCAUGGACGACGAGCUUCUCUGGGAGCACGAUGUUGCCAACGAUGUCAUCAUCCCCCGCAUUCAGAUACGGCCCUGGAGGAACAUAGUAGACCUCUGGGGCGUGAGGGUGACUCAGGGGCCAAGGAUCAUCACAGUAUUGGGGAUCCAGCAUCGGGACCAGCCAAAAGAACCGGGCAAAUACUUCAGCUUCGACUUGGAUGACAUUGUGCUUGUCUACGGCAAGGACUUGAAAGUCUGGGGGCAGCACUGUCGUUAUACGCAGGGCGACGCCUCUUGGACCCGCAAACACAGCGGCGCUUGGUUCAAGAUCUUCGUCGAUCAGGGCUGCGAGUACGGGGUGGGGAGUGCCUGCGGCCGUCGGGAUUCUGCUUACAGAAAGAACCAAUUCAAAGUUGGCGACAAGAUUCUACUGAGCCACAUGGAUUCGGAUUUACGCUGCUGGGACCUGCCAAAGCCAUAG